AUGCUCUGCUGCUGCCGCCGCCACCGCUGCCAGCCGCCUCGCGCGCUGGGGCUGCUGCUGCUACUGCCUCUUGUCCAUGUACCUCCCCUAGCAGCAGCCCCAGCGGGCCCAGGCUUCUGUGACACCAUGUACCAGGGCUUCGCUGAGUGUCUCAUCCGCAUGGGGGACGGUAUGGGCCGCGGAGGCGAGCUGGAGACCGUCUGCAGGUCCUGGAAUGACUUCCACGCCUGCACCUCGCGGGUCCUGUCCAGAUGCCCGAAGGAGGCGGCUGCCAUGUGGGAGUCACUGCAGCAAGAGGCUCGCAGGGCCCCGCACGCAGAUAACUUGCACGCUCUGUGCCGCGCCUCUGUGCGCGUCCGGGAGCGCGGCGCCGGCCCUGAGACCAACCAGGAGACGCUGCGGUCCACCGCGCCCGCGUCCGCCCCGGCCCUCACGCCGCAGCUGCUGGCGGCGGCGCUCGCGCUCGCCUGCAUCCUGGGGCCUCGGGCCUAG